AGUAAGUAGUUUUGGACAGACCUUCUACAUUGUCCUAUCAAACGACAGGAAAGCUGUUGUUUGUAAAGCACAGGAAAAACCUUUCAGAAACUAUGAUUUUGUUGACCUGAAAACUCUGAUCUGCAAGCUAAUUUAAGGAAUUCUUUAAUCUGUUACUACAGAUAAAACUCAGGAUAACCUGAUUUUGUAAUUCCAUUUUUUUUUUUUUAGAAACUUCUGACGGGACUGUUACUUAAUCAAUUACAGCUGUCCGACAAUGCAAGGAAAAACUGUCGCCAAUAUCAAUAAUAUUAGAAAUAAAUCAGCACAUAUUUUUGGAUAUUUUUCCCUGGAAGAUAUUUCUGUUAAAGAACCUAUGCAGGUUCUUCUUCUUCUUCACCUUAUUCUUGAAAACUGAGAUAUGCUUUUAUGAAUUGGGAUUCUUAUCUACGUGUUUUUCCUUGUUUAGCAAAUUCAACUCGUUUCAGGUACUUAGCUGCAACCCCUCAUGCAGCAGCUGCAGCUGCAUUUGUUACAAAGAUACACCCUGAUUGGGGCCCUGCGACCAUCAGGUCUGCCCUUACGACCACAGUAAAUCAUCAGACAACAAGAAAAGCCCCAUUGAAAAUGCUGGAAAUGCUAAUUUUCCAGUCAAUCCUAUAGAAAUGGGAUUCUCUUCCACAUAGAUCCCUACAUGUCCCUUAAUUCAGGAUGUAUCUAUGAUGCUACAGCAGAUGACUACAUAAAGCUUCUUCGUGCGAUGAACUACAAGAAGAAACAAAUGCAGAUCAUCACAAGACCCAAUCACAACUAUGUAAACAAGUCUUUGGAUCUUAAUUACCCAUCUUCCUUUGCUUAUUUUACUGCCAAUUACUCAGAUAAAGGCAAAAUUAUGCAUGAAUUUUAGCACUUUAACUACAUGUUGCAGAGGGAAUGUCCAGUUAGACUCCGAAGCUGACCCCAAUAUCUGGGACAAAGCUGAAGCCCAAUUACACUACAAGUCUCUGGAUCUUAACUAUCCAUCCUUCAUUUUUUUUAAUAGUGGUGACCAAAAUCGGAGAACUUUAACUAAUGUUAAAGGGGAUUUUAUGACACCAAUGGAUGGGAUAAAGGUGAGUGCAUGUUAUGGUAAAUUAGUAUUCAAGAACAAGUAUGAGAAGUUGAGUCAUAAACUUUGGAGUCAAAAUUAUUGGAUGAAUUGAUAUUCCAUGGUUCAAUGAGCUGGGUUCAUGAUGCAGGUAAUAUCUUGUAACAAGGCCUACAAUGGCCACAAGCCUAGUCGCAGAUUCCUCCUGAGCUUGAAGGGCAUAAGAAAUAUUAACUUAAAAUUAAUGAUCUCUGGCUAGUUAUCAUUGUAUUACUAAGUGCAAGGAUGUGCAUCUUUGCUUCCAUACUCUUUUCAUUUUUCUCUUCUUAUCUCUUCACUUUUUACUGUUUUCUGUUCUUGUUCUUCUAGUUUGUCCUGUCUUUGCCGAGGCAAAAUAACAGCGACAAACCUGACUAACCAAUUUAAGAAAUAAUGUGCAACAAAAAUGUUCUAAAUGAAGUGAAGUGGCAAAUUGAAACUGUUGUUGUGUAUGAAUUAAAACUGACAUGAUAUAUAGAUAGAGAUGACAUUUAACAACAUAUCUUGCAGUUACUUUCAUUAAGAUUAAAUAGAAAAAUGUACUUAGUUAUAAUAUACUGCUUAAGGGCUUGGUAGUGCAAGAAAUUUAAUAAUUAAAAAAAAAAAAAACCUUUCCAAAUAAUUUUUGAAUAUCAUCUACAUCUCCAAUUCCAGCAGAAGACACACUACUGCCGUCCAUGCAUGCUAAAGGUGAAUUAGUGCAUGUGGUCCAUCCAUGCUAAAGGGAAAUGAUUUUUUCCAAUAAUGUGAAGGAAAAAGACGAAUCAAGCGCACUACGCUGCAGUUGGGACACACUACUGUGAAAAAUGGAGAAUAAAAUAUUUGAAAUUUGAGCACGUUCAUCAAAUGGAUAUACAUUGAUCACUACUCUCUCAAAAUGGAUAUAUUAUCUUGAUGCUUUUUGGCCUCUUCUUUUGCAUAGCAGCUACAAAGAAAACUGCUAAAUAACCAAAGAUUCUAUCAAUCGAAUAGCAUAGUUCAGUGUACACCCAUGGCUCCUCCAAUUAAGGUGCCCCUGCAGUAUGCACUUCUGCUCACAAUCUCCUUCCUGACCUCUGUUUCACCAAAUUCUGAUAUAUAUAUAAUUCACAUGGACCAGUCAGCCAUGCCUAGUGCAUUCUCUGACCACUAUAACUGGUAUCUAGCUACCCUUGCUUCUAUAUCAGAUACUUCUAAAGAAGCUAGCACCCCUACCUCUAGGCACAUCUAUUCUUACAUGAAUUCUGUCCAUGGGUUUAGCGCCCGCCUCACUGAUUCUGAACUUGAAUCCCUCAAGAAAUACCCUGGCUAUAUUUCUUCUACCCGAGAUCGUCCUCUUAAACUCCACACAAUCCACACGUCCCAAUUUCUCGGCCUAAGUUCUUCUUCUGGUGCUUGGCCAGCUACCAAUUAUGGUGAUGCAAUAUCAAGGAUGGAGCAAAAUCCAGCCUAAAGACAUGUUUUAAGUCAUCAUUUAUCAAAAACCAAGUCUUUUGGAGGAAGUGCAGAAAUCUGCACAGAAGAUCACUGUCGACAAGGCGUGACCACGACUUACAGCCCAUAAGCUCCGU